GGAGCUUCGAGGGUUGAUCAUUUGUUGUAAGAAUCUUGCAAAAUUUAAAAUGGUACGAAUUAUAGUACUUUCAAGGAAAAGUGGUGGAUAUGGAUACCUCGGUGCUUCUCAGUUCUUAGGGCUUCGAGGGGAGCUAUAAAACAAAAGGGAUAGAUCGAUCUUAGGAAAAGGGGAAGUCUCCUCGUGAUUAAGCGGAGCAACUGUCCUCAAAGUCGUUUGCUUCAAUUGAAAAUAUUUUUGCAACGCCUGAUUUUGGAGAAGAGAUCAAAUAGUCUAAAUGGAAGAUGGUGCAGGCGAUGAGAAGACAAGAAGGGUUGUUUUUGUAACUGUGGGGACGACUUCAUUUGAUACUCUUGUGAAAGCGGUGGAUUCUUCGACAGUCAAGCAAGAGUUAUUUACAAGAGGGUACACCCACCUCCUGGUUCAAAUGGGUCGCGGAUCUUAUGUUCCCACUAAGUCCGAAGGAGGUAGUUCGUUGGCUGUAGACUACUUCACCUUUUCCUCCAGCAUUGCCGACCAUCUCAAUUCAGCCUCUCUUGUCAUCAGUCACGCAGGCUCAGGCAGCAUAUUCGAGACGUUACGUCUGGGCAAGCCUUUAAUUGUGGUUGUGAAUGAAGAUUUGAUGGACAAUCAUCAAAGUGAACUCGCAGAAGAAUUGGCAGAUCAAAAACAUCUGUACUGUGCGCGUCCUCAAACUCUCCAUCAAACUGUAGCUGAUAUGGAUUUGAAUUCUCUUGUCCCUUACUCUCCAGGUGAUGCCACACCUGUGGCAAAGCUCAUAAAUAGGUUCCUCGGUUUUCCUGAUGAUUAACGAGUUAAAAAUAUGAUUCAUCUAACAGUUUUCUUUUUAGAAAAAACAUGAGAAUUAUAAAUCUCAGUUACCAGCCAACACAAGAAGCACUUGGGCGGGAUGGUUACAAUUGACAAAGCUCAACUCAAACGGUGUCAGUCUCACGCCUUGAGUGUGAGCAUACUUGUUGAAAACCAAGAAAGAUCAUAAUUGAUCUGGACAUACUAGAUAUGUGUCGUGACAAUGUUGCGCCAGACAUUAUAUUCAACUCAAAAGCUACAUGCGAGCUACGUGUUUAAGUUUGAAAAUAUGAAUGUUCUCUCCUCUGCAUAUA